UCAUCAAACGCGAACAGAAGGAAAGCGACGCGCCGCUGUAAUAAUAAUAAUUCCCGUCGACGAUCCUGCGCGCGCGACCGCCACAGAUAAAUAUCGUUGUAUACAGCUGCUGCAGCAGUCCGCGCACGAUACGCGAGUCGCCGGUAGAAUAGUAUACCUAUCGUAUCGCCGCGCGCAGCGUCACACAAUCGCCACCGGUCCGUCCGGAACAACGGGUCAUUGAAUCGGUCUCCGUCGCCGUCGCCGAUUUCUGCACGCGCACUUGUAUGUUUCGUCUUCUGACUUUGAAUUUUUUUUUUUUUACUUUUCGCGCGCGCUCGUUCAAAUUUCUAGGAUUUAAUAUCAUUGUUAGAUUUUAAGAAAAUCGUUACGCGUCUGAGUUUUUCACGUCCGCUCCGCUGUUUCGACGAUAUCACAAAUUAUAUAAUAUUUAUAAAUCAUCUAGUUAAGGUUUAUUAUUAAUAUAAUAAACUUAACGCCGGAUAGUCGCACGUGCAUUGUGCCAUUUGCCAAUAUUAUUUAUAAAUAAUAUAUACAUACCGAUUCGGUGCAGUUCGACGUCGCAUUUUCCGCGUCACGAAUUUCACUGCUGCAGGUUUGAAAAAACAGAACGAUCAUCUUCCCUAUGCAUCAAUGACUAUCAUGUCGAGAAGAACCGCGCCAUGCGGUUGAGGAGACAUCAACGACAGUUAAACGAGAAAACAUUAUUAGUCAAUUUACUCUACUGUGUUGAUAUUGAUCGAUACUUGAGUACACUCAGAAAAUAUAUAUAAGCUGUGGUGCAAUAGUCUUCGAAACUACCGAAAUAUCCGACUAUCUACAAUAUUAUUUGUCACGAGAUUAGAAGACACAACGAAUCCUACAGAAUGAAGAGACAUGGAAUUUGUUCAGCAAUGAAGUCUUCGCACAAUAAAACAUUUUUACUUAAGAUAACCAUAAUUGGAUUGAUUAUCAGCCAAAGUUUAGUAAAAUCGUAUCCCUCGUGGGACACACCAACUACAAUUACAGAUUUUGGACGCAAUAUCAGACAACUGCCAUGCGUCAGCCGGAGGUCCGGAGAGACGGGCGUGUGCAUGUUCGCCUACUCGUGCGCCAAAGCGAACGGUACGCACCUGGGAACCUGCAUCGAUCGAUUCUACUUCGGUAGCUGCUGCAAGACCCAGUCUGUCGCUGACAUCGAUGCGGCCAGCGAACCGGACAACUACUUGAACAGCGUGGACAACAACGACGUAGCCGGCCCGCCCGGGUCCACCGACACGAAAACGGGCGCGCCACUGCAUCUGCUACAACAGCAGACGACAGGCGCAACCGCCGCCACCGACAGGUACAGCACGCCUAGACCGAGCUCGUCAGCUUCAACCGGUUACCCGUCGUCCACCGCGCAGUCGUACAAGCCCACCGGUCAAUUCGCCGUGUCGUCCACGCCGUCCACCACCACGUCCACGUCCACGUCGCGCACCCAAUACACGGAGAUAUCGGUUUCGAGCGGCACGAAGCCGACGUUCGCGAGCAGCAGCAGCAGUUCGCCGCCGACCGGUUCGAUAUCGUCUUCGUACACGACUACGAUAUCGCAUUCGACGAAGCCAAUGCCGUCCACCACUUUCUCUACGGCCAAGCCUAUGGUCAAGCCGACAUCGUUCAAACCACCGCCGAUCAGGGACCAAGCCACCACCGCUACGGCCACUGCGUCCAUCACCACGGCCGCCGCCCAAAAGCCAAAACCUCAGACCGCGAGACCAACCGUCCAGUUCAGCGUUCCCAGCUCAACGGCCGGCUCUUCGCACGAACCGACUACGAAGCCUGCCACGACCGGUCAACCGCACACCACGAUGACGUCGAUGCGCCCUAGCCCGCAGCACAGCUCCACAGUCACGGCCACGUUCUCCACCACCAAACCAGUCGUGAAACCGUCGAGCACCACGUACAAAUCGACGGUAGCGUCCGCGGCCCCGUCAUCGACGACCGUCGCGUCCGCGCAAAAGGUCAAACCGCAAACCGCGGCCAAGCCCGCCGCGACGACAGUCAAACCGAAACCUACCACCGGCAAACCGGAAACGAUAGGAUCCACUGUCGAAUCCGUGACUGGGUCCUCGUACUCGACCCGCUCGACGGUUGAAAACGUCACCGAAGUCAUCACCGAUUUCACUGUGGCCACCGCAAACGGUCAGAGCCAGACGCCCAGCUACGGCAGCAUGACAACCGUCACGUCUACUUCACCGACUCUGGUCACUUGGACCACGCUCGACAAAGUUCCCGUUGUACCGGCUGAAAACACAAAACCACCGCCAUCCCCGUCGUCGUCGCCGAGCAUGACACACAAACCAUCGACCGUUGACGGUUCGACGCUUCCUUCUUGGGUCAAACUUCCGGUCGAGACACAUGAACCAAACACUGUCGGCACACCGCCCAAAGAAAGCAGCUCUAGUACAUACUCGUCAACGAUGAUGAUGUCCAAGCCGACGACCCUUCCAAGUCCUUCCGAUAAUGACAUCGUUAUGACUUCAAACAGUAUCGAUACAACCUACAGUAGCACACAAAAUCCUUCGAGUACAUUGUCAAUGCUUACGCAGUCGACUUCGACGGAUUCCACUGAAGCCGGAAAUGCUCCCCUUAAUAUGUCUAACUACAAAGAUGUUUGUGGAAGACGACUUUUCCCAACGGCUAGAAUAGUAGGAGGUGAAAAAGUUUCCUUUGGCAAGUGGCCAUGGCAGAUUUCAUUAAGACAGUGGAGGACGUCAACAUACUUACACAAAUGUGGCGCGGCAUUAUUCAAUGAAAACUGGGCUGUAACUGCUGCGCAUUGCGUUGAAAACGUUCCUCCGAGUGACUUACUCCUCAGACUCGGUGAACACGAUUUGUCAGUAGAAGAAGAACCUUACGGUUACGAAGAACGAAGAAUACAAAUAGUCGCAUCACAUCCACAGUUUGAUCCCAGAACUUUUGAAUAUGAUUUGGCCCUUUUGCGGUUCUACGAACCCGUAAAAUUUCAACCUAAUAUCAUACCUGUUUGCGUUCCUGAGGACGAUUCAAAUUUUGUAGGUUCUUCUGCCUACGUCACCGGAUGGGGGAGAUUAUAUGAAGACGGACCUCUACCUAGUGUUCUACAAGAAGUAACAGUUCCUGUGAUUAACAAUUCUGUUUGCGAAACAAUGUAUCGUGCAGCUGGAUAUAUUGAACACAUACCAGAUAUAUUUAUCUGCGCUGGUUGGAAAAAAGGAGGAUUCGAUUCGUGCGAAGGUGAUUCCGGUGGACCAAUGGUAAUUCAAAGACCGGACAAGAGAUGGUUAUUAGCCGGUAUCAUAUCAUGGGGUAUCGGAUGUGCUGAACCAAAUCAACCUGGUGUAUACACUAGAAUUUCUAAGUUCAAAGACUGGAUCAAUCAGAUAUUGCAAUUUUAACGGACAAUUUAACGCAACACUUGACAUUUCCAUUCAAAAUAUCAUUAUCAAGUCGGUUGGUUAUACAACCACAGUUUUUAGACAAUUUUUUUGUUCCUAAUGAUUUUAUACAGUACUCAUAGUGUUUUUUUCGCACGACUUGCAACAAAAGAACAUCAUGCGGAAUGGUCAGUUUAAGUGUCAUCGAUCAGUUUGAAUAGUUUCUAAUUUUGUUCGUAUACGUUUAUUUCUAAUAGGAAAGAUGUUUUAUUUACAGCGAAUACAGCCGUUUUAUUGAUCUCUGUAGACUAUUACGUCAACGGAUGCAAUUUAAUAGAACAUCUUUUUUAGAUAUUGAUCGACAUGUCACAUAUUGUAUUCUUGUUAUAGUUGUUUUCACUAGAUGUAUGUCUUAUUAUUCUUAUUUACGUGGAAGUACGCUCGUCUUUAAACUAUUGAAUUGUCCAUCAGUUUAAUACUUGACAGACACCUUCACGAAUUGAUUUUGCUAUACAAAAGGACAAAAUAUUGUUACGACUCACAAUGUUCCUUUUAUUUCAAACACCAUAAUACUUAAAAUUAUAUGCGAUUUAAUAGUUUUUAUUAAAUAAAUACUAAUUAAUAGAUAAUAAUUAAUAGAAAAAAUCAAAGAUAAAAAGUAUUCAAAUAUUUAUUUUGUUUAGC